CAUGACAUGUUACAUAUCAACUACUAACAUAUACUCUCAUCCAACUCAGCUCCAAAAAAGUACCAAAAUCAGAUAUUUUUCCAGAUACUACUCCUCUUUCCCCUUUUUUUAUUCUCCCAAAAUUCUCUUAUUUAUCUCCCACCUUCUCCCUCUUAAUUCCUUCCUUCUUCCUCUUCCUUCUCAUCAUCUCCAUUCUUAUUAGCUUAAACCCAGAAAAAUAUCAUUUCAAAAACAAAAACCCAGAAAAAUAUCAUUCAAAAACAAAAACCCAGAAAAAUAUUAUUUCAAAAACAAAAACCCAGAAAAAUAAUUAUAAAAAAAUGCUACCUUCAAAAACAAUUGAAGAACAAAAACUAAAUAUAAUCAUAAAUCCCUGUGAUUUCUGCAACCAUGAAACAGCCAUUUUAUACUGCAAAGCCGACACAGCUAAACUCUGUAUAGCAUGUGACCAGCACGUGCACUCUGCCAAUACACUCUCCAAAAAGCAUCUACGCUCACCUCUUUGUGACACCUGUGGAUCCGAACCCGGAUCCGUUAAGUGUUCGACCCACAACCUUUGUAUCUGUCAAGACUGUGACAGAACUCUUCAUCAAAACAUGAUCAUUAUCACCUAUGGGUUAAACUUAAACCCGAUUGAAAGCUUUUCGGGUUGCCCAUCAGCUUUAGAACUUUCUAUUUACUUAGGGUUUAAAAAUGAUCACCAGAUGGGUUUAAUGAUGGACGGUGCUGAUUUGAUUGUACCUGGAGGUAAUCAUCUUGUGGGGCCUACUUUUCCAUGGGGCUUUAAUGAUAAUGAAAUUGAUGAUAUUGGGGUGAUUAAUGGAUCUAUUAAGAAAUCCUUUAAUGGGGAAAAAGAAAAAGAUGCGAUUAAGCAAUUGUUAAUGCUUCAAAAGAAGAAAAAGGAUUGUUGUUCUGGAGAUGAUGAAGAAGAAAGGGAUAGUUUGGUUGUUCCUGAUGAUGAAUUUUGGUUAGGAUUAGAGAAUAAUACUAAUUCUAAUACUAAUUAUAGUAUUCAUGAUAAUAUUAAUCAUAAUCAUAAUCAACAAAAUAUGAUUCAAUUGCAACAACUACAGCAGCAGCAAGAAGUGAACUUGCCAUAUUUAAUGGGUUUGACUGCUGCUGCAAAUGAUGUUAAUAAUGUAAGUGGGCCUGCUACUAUUGGGAAUACUAUGAGGGACCCUAGUCCUACUAAUCCAUCUAUACAGAUAUGGGAUUUCAACUCAGGACGGACGAGAGAUCAUGAAGAACUCGGCCAGUUAGAUGUAAGAAACCGUGAGAGUGAUGUAAGUUUUAUGAUCAAUAGCUACAGCUCAAUUCUACCUGGAAUUGGUUUGUCAAACUCAAAAGUCGUAAGGGAUAUGUAUGAUAUGAAUUGCUCCGGUGCCACUGAGGACAACCGACUUUUUAAUGGUAACAUGCAAAAUCCAGCGGCAAGUCAGGGUCCAGCCACAUCCGAGAGUAACAACUUGCAGAUUAUUAGCCCAUCUUCAAGUUCAGUUUUUGGUAAACCGAAAAGUGUUGGCUCCACAGAGAUCCAUUUUAUGGACCAAUCUAUAUAUCAUGGAGCUGAGAAUGCACUAACUGUGGUCAGAACAAAGGCCGACAUGGAGAUGAUAGCGCAGAACAGAGGCAAUGCGAUGCAAUGCUACAAGGAAAAGAAGAAGACAAGAAGAUAUGAGAAGCAUAUACGUUAUGAGUCGAGGAAGGCAAGGGCUGAUACAAGAAAGAGAAUGAAAGGACGAUUCGUGAAGAUCAACAAUGCUUUGAUUUGUUGAAUGAUAUAUGGUUAUCAACUCCAUACUGUGUAAAUAGUUCAAACGUGGGCUGUUUUUUGAAUCAAUUUAGUGUACUAUUAUCAGUUUGUUUCUUCUAGUAUAGUCUGAUAACACUACAAAUGUGAUUAUAAGUUCUUGUAAUUCCCAUACCAGCCAUGUAUUAGGAUUCAGGUGUAAGAAAAAUAAAUCAGAGAAAAUUGUAUUAAGCGGCAGAAAGAAAUGGAUUACAGAAUUGCUUCUGUUUGUGCAUUGCUA